AUGAAUGCAAAUUUCAAAAUCAUUUCAGUGAGCGACUCCAGCCACGCCGGAACCCGAGUCGACGAAAGUGGACCGAAACUGGUUGAGCUCGUCGACAAGUCACUGAAGGUCAAUGCAACUGUCAAUGUGGGAAGUCCGACUGUGGUGCCAGAUGAUGUCAAAGAGAUUCGGAAGGCUCUUCUUGAAAAGUGCAAAAAUUCAGAUGUCAUCAUCACCACCGGAGGAACCGGAUUUUCGAAAAGAGAUGUCACUCCAGAAGCAACGCUAGAAGUUAUCGAAAGACGUUGCAAUGGAAUGGAGAUUGCAAUGCACACUGGAUCCCUUAAAGUGACACCGAUGGCAGCUCUUUCUCGAGCAAUUGUUGGAAUUCGUGGAGGAACCCUGAUUAUCAAUAUGCCAGGAAGCGUAAAAGCUGUUAAGGAAUGUUGGGAAAUCCUGGAACCUGUCCUCAACCAUGCUCUCGAUCUUCUGAAAGACACCGACGACGGUAGCCAGCAUCAGAGAAUGAAAUGA